GCCCACCCUUUUUGUGGUGGUUAUGAUUUUUUUGUAUAAAGCACAAUUAUCCAAUUCCUUUUUGAUGCUUUCGCUCCUUUCUUAUCACCCCACUUCUUGGCUAUUCGUUAAACUGAAUUGUGGGUGUGGUGAGGGGUGUAUUUAUAGGCAUUUUAAGGUUUGGGAAACUUUGCCCCUCCUGGUAGGAAUGUAUAUCCCAUACGUCACUAGCUCAUAGACUCUUGACAAUAUAAAAGAAAUGAAUUUAUUGGGUAAGUUCUUACAUAAAUUAUGUUUUUCUACCAUUAUGUUGUAUAGAUCUGGGAAGAUUCAUAUUUAAGGGGCAAUCAUAACACCCACAGAGCUAACUGUACUAAAUGCUUGUGCUGAAUCAAUAGCACAUAUGUAAUAACCUAAACAGCUGAUCUGUAUCACAUGAAUUGUUAUGUGUGCCUUUAAUUAUACCAUACGUACAGUUAAUCAGAAUCAUUAUUUAUUAUUAUCUGUCUAAACCAUUUAAUAUACUUUUUACAGACACAGCCAGAGCACUGAGAGAUAUCAGGUAUUGAUGUAACUGGAGUGAAUAAGGGAACCUUCUUCCUGAGCACAGACAUUGGAGCCUGUUAUCAGCAUGAACACAUAUGUGUUAGACAAACACGUGAAUAGUUCAUAUCCAUCCUUCACUAUAGGAAGCAUCAGAAUGAUACUGCAAACUCCAAAAGUCUUAGACACUGACUAUUCACAAACAUUGGGGAUAUCGCAGCAGAUAAUUAAAGAAGAUGGUGAAUUGGCAGGAACUGUGAAGCACUCAUUAUGUGCAGAGAGUAAUUUAGUCAUCAAACAAGAGGAAAACAUUUAUGACUUAUCAAGUGAAAUUAUUAUCCCAGAUGAUAAACCACACACAUUUACUGAGUUUUCAAAACAUAUUAAAGAAGGGGAAAGUCUACAGUCUAGCCAAAUGAUUCAUACAAAGGAGAAACCUUUCCAAUGUACAGAGUGUGAGAAAAGCUUUAGAUGGAAUUCACAUCUACUAGAACACCACAAAAUUCACACAGGUGAGAAUCCUCAAACAUCUACUGAGUGCAGCAAAUGUUUUACGCAAAUGGAUUGUCUGAAAACUCAUGAAUUGAUUCACAAAGGAGAAAAGCCUUUCACAUGUACAGAGUGCGGAAAAAGUUUUAAACAAAUGAGUAGUCUGAAAUAUCAUGAAAGGAGUCACACAGGGGAAAAGCCUUUCACGUGUACAGAGUGUGGAAAAAGUUUUACACAAAAGAGUGAUCUGAAAAAGCAUGAAAGGAUUCAUACAGGGGAAAAGCCGUUCACAUGUACUGAGUGUGGAAAAAGUUUUACAGAAAAGAGUCAUCUGAAAACUCAUGAAAGGAUUCACACAGGAGAAAAACCUUUCAUAUGUACAGAGUGUGAGAAAAGCUUUAGAUGGAAGUCACAUCUAAUAGAACACCACAAAAUUCACACAGGUGAGAAUCCCCAAACAUGUACUGAGUGCGGCAAAUGUUUUGCACAAAUGGAUUGUCUGAAAACUGAUGAAUUGAUUCACAAAGGAGAAAAGCUUUUCAUAUGUACAGAGUGUGGAAAAAGUUUUAAACAAAUAAGUAGUCUGAAAUAUCAUGAAAGGAUUCACACAGGGGAAAAGCCUUUCACAUGUACAGAGUGUGGAAAAAGUUUUACACAAAAGAGUGAUCUGAAAAAGCAUGGAAGGAUUCACACAGGAGAAAAGCCUUUCACAUGUACAGAGUGUGGAAAAUGUUUUACAGAAAAGAGUCAUCUGAAAACUCAUGAAAGGAGUCACACAGGGGAAAAGCCUUUCACAUGUACAGUGUGUGGAAAAAGUUUUAAACAAAAUGGUCACCUGAAAACUCAUGAAAGGAGUCACACAGGAGAAAAGCCUUUCACAUGUACAGAGUGAGGAAAACGUUUUACAGAAAAGAGUUAUCUGAAAAAUCAUGAAAGAAUUCACACAGGAGAAAAGCCGUUCACAUGUACAGAAUGUGGAAAAAGUUUAGCAGAAAAGAGUUAUCUGAAAUAUCAUGAAAUGAUUCACAAGGGAAGAAACCUUUCACAUGUUUAGAAAGUUGAAAAAAGUUUUUUACUGAAGUCAGGUAUCACAAAACACCAAAUAUUUACACACAAAUAAACUUUAUAUACACAGUGUACAAACCUUUUUACAAUCACCCUAAAGAGGACAAACUCUUUAAAUAGAAGCAUCAAAAAGGUUGAUAUUGUAAAUAAUACUUUCUAAAUCCCCGUUAAAAAGCCCCUGUUGUCAUUUGUUCCUCUAUAUAUGUGUACAUCAGUUUCUCUCAUAAUAAUUUGAUAGAAUCCAAGCACCACAUAGGAAUAUACAAAUCUGUCCUCAUACUGACCAUUCACCACCAAAGCACCCCCAGUGUUGUUUAUUAAUAUGCCAGCAUUAUGAGUUGUACAUUUGAUUUACAUAGGGGAGGAAAUAAUUAUAUUUACAGAAUAAAGGAGUCUUUAUAUGAAUAGAGUGUUAGAGAAUUAUAUAAACAAGAACAUCAGUCUCAAAUGAUUGACAUCUGAGAGAUAUAUUUAAUGUGCACAUCUUGUGGAUAAACCUUUUCUUAUAGCAAUAGAUGCUUAGCAUUGUACAUGUUAUAUACCAGAGGAAUUACUGAGAAAAAUAUUUAAAUGGCUACUAUAACUAAAGGGGACAUUAUAUGUCUGAUAAAUCCCUUUGUAUCAAGAGCACAAGUCUUAGGUAUAUUUAUACCAUUGUGUGCAUAUAUCAUGUAAUGAUGCUUUUUACUAUAUAAUGAUAUAAAAUGUUUUUUCAUGCAAAUAAAAAGUGAUUAUAAUACA